UUAUUAGUGUCCCUGAAUCAUUCGGAAUCCAAUUUCAACUUCAGUUCUUUGAGCAAUUGAAGCAUUGCGCACAGCUGCAAAGGGGCACUCUUUAUUUUCAUAACCCCCUAACGUAGAUUAACCGAACUUACCCUCUUAUUCUUCUCCUUCUUCUUCUUCUGCAUCCUUUUUCCACCAUGACCGAUUCUGACGCCAAUCACAAUGACCCAUCUCUCGCUACCGAUACCGAUGCACCCAAUGAUGCUGAAGAUGAGGUCAAGUUGAGGUCUAGGGACCAAAGACUGGCUCUGCCAGGUGAGCCCAAGUGUAUUAUAUGCGGCCGCUACGGUGAAUACAUAUGUGAUGAAACUGAUGAUGAUGUUUGCAGUUUGGAGUGCAAACAAGCACUGCUUUGCAGGAUUGCCAAAUCGUCGUCUCCACCACCUAAAAGGAUUCCUGCAGCUGAUGAGUGCUUUUAUGUUAAAGAUGCUGAUUACGAAUCGGGGACUGCAUCUAUGGCUAGUGAUCUUAGAAAGAAACUUGACAUUCAUGUGAAGGGUGAUGUAGUGGCACCGGUUUUGUCAUUCUCUGCCUGUAACCUCCCUGACAAGCUUCUUCACAAUAUAGAAGCAGCAGGAUAUGAAAUGCCUACACCUGUCCAGAUGCAAGCAAUCCCAGCUGCUUUGACGGGAAAAAGCAUGCUCCUUUUGGCCGAUACAGGAUCUGGGAAGUCUGCUUCGUUUCUUAUUCCAAUAGUUUCUCGUUGUGCGAUUCAUCGUCGACAAUAUGUUUCAGAUAAGAAGAAUCCUUUAGCUUUGGUGUUAACUCCUACCAGAGAGCUCUGUAUGCAGGUUGAAGAGCAUGCUAAGUUGCUUGGAAAGGGUAUGCCUUUCAAAACCGCUCUUGUGGUUGGCGGUGAUGCCAUGGCUGGACAACUCCAUCGCAUUCAACAAGGGGUGGAAUUGAUUGUAGGAACCCCAGGAAGGCUUGUUGAUCUUUUAACGAAGCAUGAGAUUGACUUAGAUGAUGUGAUGACUUUCGUUGUGGAUGAGGUGGACUGUAUGCUGCAAAGGGGCUUUAGAGAUCAGGUCAUGCAGAUAUAUAGGGCUCUGUCACAACCUCAGGUCUUGAUGUAUUCUGCUACAAUGUCUAAUGAUUUAGAGAAGAUGAUUAACACUCUGGCGAAAGGUACGGUGGUUAUCUCUGUUGGAGAACCUAAUACACCGAAUAAGGCUGUGAAGCAGCUAGCUAUUUGGGUAGAGUCAAAGGAAAAGAAGCAGAAGCUGUUUGAAAUUUUGGAAAGUAAGAAGCAUUUUAAGCCACCUGUUGUAGUAUAUGUUGGCUCCAGACUUGGGGCAGAUCUCCUGGCUAAUGCAAUUACAGUUUCCACAGGAAUUAAAGCAGUUUCCAUUCAUGGGGAGAAGUCUAUGAAGGAAAGGAGAGAAACAAUGCAGUCCCUUUUGGUGGGGGAGGUCCCCGUGGUUGUGGCUACUGGAGUUUUGGGUAGGGGGGUUGAUCUGCUUGGUGUAAGGCAGGUGAUUGUAUUUGACAUGCCUAAUAACAUUAAGGAGUAUGUACAUCAGAUUGGAAGGGCAUCUAGAAUGGGAGAGGAAGGUCAAGGCAUAGUUUUUGUGAAUGAGGAGAAUAAGAAUAUAUUUUCAGAAUUAAUUGAAGUUCUGAAAUCUGGUGGAGCAGCUGUGCCUCGGGAGCUUGCCAAUUCACGGUAUGCCACAGGAGUUUUCUCUGGUGGCAAGGGUUCAAAGAAGAGAAAGCAUACAGGAUGAAGUUUCUUAUUACUUGCUUCAAUCCAGCCAUUCUUGAUGUAGUCAGCUUUGAAAAUUGCACUAGAAGAUACAUGUAUAUGUUGUACUUUUGAAGGAUAAAAAAAAAUUCAUACUAAAGUAUAUCACACAUUCAAAUCUGGAGGUUUUGUGACAUCACUCACUAUCAAUAACAUUAAAGUUUGGAGAAAAUGAUGAUAUAUUCUUGGGAUUAUAUUGUUUCUCUGUUGUUCAAAGCUUGAGAAGAAAAACGGCAAAAAGAGUGGGAGUGGGAGUGGCCUCUUGUCUGUCCUUUCUUGUUAAAGUUGGCUUCAACAAUGUAAUGUUUUCUGGCAGUGGUCUCUGUACACCAUUUUUUGUCUAACAGGUAGGCUUACAGUUGCAGUUAUAUUUCCUAGGACAGGAGGCAGCACUUUAAAGGGGUGAAUUUUGAGAGAAAGAGAGAACUCGUAGAAUGAAACAGCUUCUUAUUCAAGAGAAUGUAGUAGUGCAUUGGCUUUGCAUGUCAUCCAUAUUAUUAUAGUCUCGUAUUAGACUUGGAGGAGAUCAUUCCCUAAGCUACUAUUAAUUAAGUACAACUUCCUAGAUGCUAAUGCUCAUGCUCAUUAAAUGUAUAUAAACAUGAGAUAGAUGAACGGAGUACUACUUCCUUCGUUCCUUAUUA